GCCUUUCUGCCCCCGCGCGCUUUCCUUCCUUAGCUGCCUUGUUUUGGGUUUCUAUUCCCACGUCACUCUUUUUUUUUAUAUACUAGUAUACCAAUCGUUGCUUUUUCGGAUCUUCCUGUGGAAGACUCGGUCCUCUCUCUUACUUCCUCUAUAUACUACACAGCCUGGUCAAGAGUCGAUACCUGUCACUCCUGAACUCGUCGCAAAAUGUUCCCCACUUACACUCAACUGUUCGCCGCGGCUUGCGCUUUUGCGACCACCGCCAAUGCUGUCACUCCCAUCGAAGUCAAGGGCAAGGACUUUGUCAACAGCAAGACUGGUGAUCGCUUCCAGAUCCUGGGUGUCGACUACCAGCCCGGUGGUUCUUCUGGCUUCAGUGCCACUGAAGACCCCCUGAGUGACGCAGAUGCCUGCUUGCGCGAUGCUGCUCUUAUGCAGAACCUGGGUGUCAACACUAUCCGUGUGUACAACCUGUCUCCCAAUGUCGACCACAGCAAGUGCGCCUCCAUCUUCAACGGUGCGGGUAUCUACAUGAUUCUCGACGUGAACUCCCCUCUGUCCGGUGGCUCGCUUGACCGCACCGACCCUUCGAGCACCUACAACUCUGUCUACUACGAGCAGGUCUUCGGUGUCAUCGAGGCCUUCAAGAACUUCCCCAACACCCUGGGUUUCUUUGCCGGUAACGAGGUUAUCAACGAGCAAAGUGUCUACGAGGCCCCUGCUUACGUUCGUGCUGUCGUCCGUGAUAUGAAGGACUACAUCUCCACCAACGUCAACCGCUCCAUCCCUGUGGGUUACUCCGCUGCUGAUGUGCGCCCCAUCCUCAUGGACACCCUUGACUACUUCGAAUGCAACCUGGAGAACUCGACUAACUCUCGCUCCGACUUCUUUGGCCUCAACUCGUACUCCUGGUGUGGCGAAUCUUCCUACAAGGAUUCCGGCUACGACGUCCUGACUGAGGACUUCUCGAACGCCUCCCUGCCCGUUUUCUUCUCCGAGUACGGUUGCAAUGCCGUCCAGCCCCGUGUCUUCACUGAGGUGCAGGCCCUCUACGGCAGCGAGAUGGAUCAGGUCUUCUCCGGUGGUCUGGUCUACGAGUGGACCCAAGAAGCCAACGACUACGGUCUCGUGGCCAUCAACAGCAGCGACACUGCCACCCUGUUGGUCGACUUUGAGAACCUUCAGAAGCAGUACAACAAGUUGGACAUGAGCAGCAUUGAGUCCUCCAACUCAUCCCAGACCUCCAAGGAGGCUGUGACCUGCAGCUCUUCUCUGAUCACCAACAACACCUUCCUGAACUCUUGGGACCUGCCUACCGUUCCCUCCAAGGUCGCUGACUGGAUCAAGAACGGCUACACCAACGCCACCGUCGGCAGCCUCGUUGCCGUGUCUGCCACCACCAUCCCCCAGACCAUCUACGACUACAACGGCAACAAAAUCUCCAGCGUCAAGUACAAGGUCCUGUCCAGCGAUGAGUCCAACGCCCCCGGCAACUCCACUUCCCUCACCAGCAGCUCGAACAGCAGCUCCAGCACCUCGAGCUCUAGCUCCAGCUCCAGCUCAGGCUCCUCCAGCUCCGACUCUUCUACCUCGGGAAGCAGCGCUCUGUCUGCCCCCUUCAUGGGUGUGUUGACCGGUGCCACUCUGUUCGCCGUCUUCAUGCUGUAGAUCUGCUUGCCUUAGGCCUUUUGUUCUUCCACUUUCUCCAUUCUGCAUCACCUAUUUUUCUGAUUAGAUUCUUUCCCCAUACUGUUCCCGGUGAACCUGUUCUUGCCAAUUAUGACCAUGACCUUUUGCCCCCAAGAUGGAGGGAUUGUUCCACGUGUAUAAAGUGAGGUCCCCUGAAUAGAGCCAAGUGGCAGUGGGCAGUUUGACUCGGGAUAUGAUUUCGACGACGUUUAAUACAUCUACGUGCUGUAUAUAUACCUUUUCUGCACUGUAUCUGUAGUAGUACGGCUUUGCCGUAAUGGAACUAUUAC